UCUUUUUUGGGGAGAUCAACUUUACAGUAAUUUACUGUAAUUGAGCACGCGAAAUGCAUUCUGGGAUACAACACGUCACACGCGCAUGCGCCUCUUACUCGGCGCGGAGCAUAAAUUCUUGCAAAAUUUCGAGUGUCAGAUCGAUAAGAAGUGCCGUCGGAACUGCUGUUGUUUUGAAUUCAACUUUACGUCUCCGGUCAAGUACACAUUCCCUGUACUUCUCGUGGAAGCUGCGGCUGCAAAAGAUGAUGCAAACCUGCAUGAUGUAGCAUCUGGUGUGCUGAGAGGGUUGCAGAGCCUGUUUAAAGAAGGGAAUGACUCCCUUUUCCUCAUCCGUGAUGUUACAGAUACUGCUGAGGACAUGGAGAAAGAGGGAGAUGCAUCUGAUUCACCCAAACUCAUAAUCCAAGGAGAUCCAUUUGACUCGGCCAAGUCCCAGUGGAUGGUCAUGGUUGAAAGCAGAGUUAUUGGCCAUUCAUCAUCAACAACUGAAGGCUUUCUUUGUGGGGUGGCAUACCUUUUUGCCACCUAUUACAACCUCAAUUUGGAAUAUCCAAGCACGGCUGCAGCAACACUGGAGUUCAUGCAGAGAUGUCUCCUCGGAAUAAGCCCUGAUGGGUCGAAGUGCCAUGCGUCGAAGAGUCACUGCAACGCGAAAGUAGUGUCAUUUGUGCGUCGGUUUGCUGAUUUCCAGUGGCUUUAA